AUGUUCACCACUCGUUCCUUCUCACCCCAACAACAACGUGUUCUUUCAUUAUACCGACAAAUUCUCAAACUCGGUCAUUCCUGGGAAAAACUCUCCUACCAUCACACCAUCACUGCCUUCCAUAAGAAAAUCUAUGAAGCACAAUUCAUUUCCAAAGAAAAAGAUCAUAACGAUUUUACCAAGGAUGAAGCAGAAGUGCUCCGAGAAAAGGAAUACAUUAUCAGUGAAGCAAAGAAAUUAUUUAGAGAAAACAAAAACUUGACCAAUCCUCAAGACAUUCAAGAUAAGAUUAAUGAAGCUGAAAAGAGACUUUUAAUAACUCAACAUUAUGGAAUUCCAUUUGAAAGACCUGAACAUGUCAAUCUCUAUGAUCAUUAUUGGAAAGGAGCACUGGAUGAAAAUGCUGCUGAAGAAUUGGCAUCCAAGGAAGACGGAGAGGAACAUAUUUACUAUGCCAAUGUCGAGAAUCCAAAUGAAGUGCAUGAUUGGCAUUCAUUGAAUCCAAAACUGCCCAAAAUUGAACGAAAGAAACCUGCUCAUUCGUCUGCCACGAAUAGUGCUGCGACUUCUCAAAACUUUCAACGUGCCAGUGAUUCACAUGUCACAUCGAAGGUAGCUGCAGGUGGAGACACUGAAUUUAAUCUUGAAGAGGAGAAUUGGAAAUAG